AUGAUGGCAGCGCACAAGAACGACGCGGAGGAAGUCAAGGCAUAUGUCAAGAACGGCGCCAACUUGAACGCGCAGGACUUGUACGGCUGGACAGCUCUGCGAUAUGCAGUUCGGGCCGACAACAUCGAGGCCACGCAAGCUCUCAUCGAGGGCGGUGCAGACAUCAACUUGGGCUCCCAAAGCGGGCGCACGCCGCUGAUGUCGGCAGCUUCGAAUGGGAUCAGUGAUAUGGUCAAGAUCCUGCUUGAUGCCGGGGCAGACGCCAAGUUGAAGAGCGGCGGCCUCACAGCCUACGACAUGUCGCUUCGAGGUGGUGCGACAGGCUGCGAGGAAUGCCGGAAGCUGCUCUUGGAGGCGUCCAGCUGA